GUCUCUUGGGGUCUGGAUCAGGACCCCUUCUGGUAACAAGAACAUGCUGUAUUUGGUUCUCUGUUCUGUUGUAAGCCAUUUUAACAGGCUGAACCUUACUCUGAAAAUAGUUGAAAACCACUGAAAGAUUUUAAAUGAGAAGAUGAUACAAUUAUACUUUCAUUUUGAAAAAUUCUGCUAUCCUGUGGAGAAAGGUUUGGAGAGCAACAAGGCUGAUGGCAGGAUAAGACAAGAGGCAGCUGCAAUAAUGGAGACAAAGCUGACAGUGAUUUGAAUUGAAAUUUGGCAUUGGGAAUGGAGGGUAGUGGUCUGAUUCAAAAAUCAACAAGACCUAGUGACUGGAUGAAUAUUAAAGACAAGUCAGAGUCAAAGAUAAGCCCCAGGCUUCUGGCUUGAACAACUGAGUGGAUGGGAUGUCUGUUAUUCCAGCCCUAGAGACAGUUACACCUAGAUCUCCAGUAUGAAUACCAGGCCCGUUGGACUUCAUGGGACCAGCUACUCUGGUCAUCAUGUUGUUUGGUAACAUCAGUGCAUGCACCUGUCUUCACAAAGGCAGAUGGUAUGAGGGUAGUUACCUGGGAUGUCAUCCUUCAAUGAUGCGUUACUGGCUUUGUUUCUGCCUGUGGAAAGGCAAGUGGGUGGUGAUUUCCAAAUCAUGGCCACUUGCCCAUGGUAAUCUGGGUGAAUCUUUCUUUGCUUGGAGAACUGGGAACGUCAGGUUUGUCUGCAUCUUUAAAGAACAUGGAACAGCCAAGUAAAAAUUUCUGUCACUCUCAUAAGAAAUCUUCAAACGGCUCAACCUACUCAGCAUCAAGUUACUCUUCUUCAGGAAAGAGACAGAACCUCGCCUGUUUCCUCACAAACCCACAUUGUGGCAGCAUGAUUAAUGCAGAUGGCCAUGGUGAAGUGUGGACAGAUUGGAAUAAUAUGUCCAAGUUUUUCCAGUAUGGAUGGAGAUGCACCACUAAUGAGAAUGCCUAUUCGAACCAUACCCUGAUGGGCAACUGGAACCAGGAAAGAUAUGACCUGAGGAAUAUCGUGCAGCCCAAACCCUUGCCUUCCCAGUUUGGACACUACUUUGAAACAACAUAUGAUACAAGCUACAACAACAAAAUGCCACUUUCAACGCAUAGAUUUAAGCGAGAGCCUCACUGGUUCCCAGGACAUCAACCUGAACUGGAUCCUCCCCGAUACAAAUGCACAGAAAAGUCAACUUACAUGAGUAGCUAUUCAAAAUCUUAAAUCAGGCAUCACUCAGGAUGUGUAUAAUAUCUUAAUAUUGACUAAUUUCAGCAUCCAGGUUUCUAAGAAAUGAUAAGAUACUUCACUUUUCCACAGUAAAAAGAAGGGAGCACAUUCUAAGCACAGCUAAAAAUUUAGCUCACUGUAGCACAGUUUCACUCUCUGAAUAAAUAAAGCAAAAAACACAG